GAUAUAAAGAUAGAGCGCCAUAUGUUAGUUAGUCUUGUUAGCUUCUCCCUUCAUUGAAUACUGGCGGUUGACGUCCACAACCCUCAUCGAAUAUUCAAAAAAGGAUUACAAUAAUGAGACGUAUCCACCAAUCCAAAGAAAGGGUAGUCGGGAGCUAGACAGCCCUCCGUGCCGCUUUGUGGACAACAACGCCCAUUGUUCGGGCGGAGAGACGUGUAUCUUGUCAGUAUAUCCAUAAUCUUUGUCUUUCUUCCGUGAUCCGGAAACCGAUAAGUGGUCGAGGAGCGUGUCAAUCACUGACUUAUAAUAAGAACUGAAGACUGCAUUUAAAAUGUCUGACCGUAGUUUAAGGUAUCAACUCAUGGUCGCAUAUGCCGAUUCAUGGACCGUCUAUAUCCGGGUUGCAUCCGGUUUAUGCAGACUAACGUCAGAUGCGCCCAAGAACUCAGUGGGCACAGGUAGCAGCGCGAGCAGCGACGAUGUCAUCCCAAAACAUGGCAGACAUUGGGUGGAUAUAAAAUGUUUAUCUUUGGCUGUGAAGGACAUCUCACUGGAGGCUACAGGAGAUUUGUGAAGCAAGCGGGACACAAUACAUGGAGAGAUGACCAACCAAUCACUGUUGAUGAGGGGAGUGGAACCUCAACCCAGCACGUAAUUGUGAUAGAGUCUGAAGAUGCAGAGGCUGCAGGUCCUGGAGAAUCGUCUCUGGUCAAGCAGGAGGGGUCUGAAGGAGAAGAGGACCCAUGUCACAGCAGAGACAUCCAGACUGGAGCAGCAUCUGGAGUGCCCCCUGUAGCCACGGAGGACCCCACAUCCCCUACCCAGUCCAGGAUCCGACACAGCAUCACGGAGGUCAGUGGAAUGCCGAACUCCGCCCUCAAGUCAGAGACUGACACCAAGACAUUAACUGAAUCACACAGGCUACUACACACAGGAACUGACCACAGAUCAGACCCAGAGAGACAGGAGCUGGGGCCACCUGGUUGUCCUCCUGCUCCCGGUUCCGAAAACUUACCGGUAUUUCACCAGAGCCAGAAGACGGUUCAUUCCAGUGAAGAUGGUGAUGCGUUAGAAACUGGCGUUGAUGAUCCGUCUUGUUCUUACUCUACAGAGAUGGAUCCUGGCAACAUAUCCUUGGGAUUAGAGACACAGACUAAUCUGUCUAGAGGGGACUGGAACCGGUACAGUAGUAGUGUGUACUCUGAAGGGUGCAUAGAUAAGAAAGGGGAGGUUAUAGUCAUUGAUGAAGUGACUGUGAAAAUGGAGGGUGACAUUCCUCUCACAUGGAAUGCAGAUAUUCACCUAGUUGACAGACACUCACAAGGCAGAGACUUCUUAGAUUACAGGGAAAGCUUAGAGACAAUUCCAAAUAAAGUGACCCACUCCCCUUUACACACGCUCAGGGAUCGGGACCCAGUGUCCACAUCGAUGGGGCCUUCCGAUUCACACUGUCUUUUCGAUCAGGUAUUGAACUCAAACGACAGCGCUAGAGCCCAGGCUCAGGGAGGGGGAGCAACAAUAGACAGUAGUAAAGAGAAACAGUUCCUCUGCAUGUUCUGUAACAAAGGCUUCAGCUGUCCUCAAAAGGUAGAGAUUCACCAGAGAUUCCACACAGGGGUGAAACCCUUCAGCUGUAACCAGUGUCACAUGUGCUUUGCCCAGGCUGGUGACCUGAAGAGGCACCAGAGGGUCCACACAGGGGAGAAACCCUACAGCUGCCCCCAUUGUGAGAAGAGGUUCUCCCGCCUGGACAAGCUGAAGAUGCACCUGAAGGUCCACACAGGAGAGAAGCCGUUUGCCUGUACGCACUGCAGGAAGAGGUUCUCAGAGAGGAGCUACCUCCGGAUACACCAGCAGAAAAACCAUUCCACUCUAUAGCUUCUGAGGUUUAGAUCAAACCCUGCAUUAAAGAUAAAUAAUAAUUUGUAUUGUCAGCAGAAAAGAUCCACAGAUGAAUUUGGAAUAACGAGAGUAACAGGUUUCGGUGUUGAAUAUUCCUGUGUAGAAUAUUACAUCCAGACAUUUUGUGAUAUAUAAGCCUAAAAAGUCUGUUACAUAUUGUGUUUGUACUGUGUAGGCUAUAUGAUGUUCACAAAUGCCUACUUCAUUACUUCCAUUAAACUACUUAAUUUUUUUCCCCAAGACACUUUUAAUGAGAAAAUGAAUUACGUUUUUCAAGUCUAUGCAGAUUUUUAGUUGAGACGUGUAUGUGUGGUUUUCAUAUGGUGUAUUUAACACUUGUUUAUU